AGCAAUCAUGGUAACUUGACAGAAACUGAGAGAUUCGAGAAAUCAGAGAAAGUGAGAGAUGUGGGCUGUUCUCCUGCUUCAGUCUCUUGGAAUAUUGAUUAUAUGUCCGGUUCCAGGAAUUAACGCGUCCAACCAGUCAGAAGUCGGAACUUUUGGUGGCGUGAUCUCAGAUAACUGGAACUUGGUGGUACGUGACAUGUUCAUCACAGCUGACGUGGAGAGUUCGUUUCUUCGCCUUAAAACUGGUCCUGGCUCCAAAACAACAAUCUACUUUUACAACGAGGAGGAGAAAACAGCUGGAGGUUUUGUAGUUAAGUUCUACACCUCCUCCGCAAAGUAUAAACUGCGGUACUGCCAGGAUAACUACAUGCCCCUCCUGCUACCUGCACAGUCGGAUAAACAGUGGAGAAUAGAGAAACGUGGGUUCAGGUUCAAGGUAUUUUGUAACGGACAGCUGGUGCUGGAUAAAACUACUUCAAAUGUCACAUGUGAUGAUCCCGGACGCAAGGAUACCUGGUCAAACUACUGGGGACGAGAAGUCAGGAAAAUAAAGUUCCCGUCUAAGUCAGAUUUUUCAUCUACCCAUUAUUUCAUAGAGCACCGCUGGAAAUUUGAGAAAGCAGCUUUAACGAGGCUGGAGAACGGAACAAUGAUGAAGAAUAAUAACGAGGGUCUCCUGUUUGUGACUGUAAAAAGCAAGGAAACUGGAGCUGAGAGAGAAGGAACUGUUUGUGCUGAUGAGUUCAACUGGUAUUCAGCACAGAGGUUCUGCUGGUCCAUGGGGCAUCUCUUCGCUGAAUGGGGUAGCUACAAGAAGAACAUUCAUAACAUACCAGAAUAUUGGCUGAAUAAAACAGACGUUCCAAUUGUGAUGGACGACGUGAGCUGCAGAGAGAGAGACACUGAAGUUUCAAUGUGCAGUGCUAGGAUCUUGCAGCACAACUGCCAAUACAAGGAUAAUAUUUGGCUCAGAUGUUUCAAUGAAACAGGAUGUAUUGAUAAAAGUUGGACGAACUCCGGUAAAAAGUGCACCAUAACAAUCAUAGGUGGAUUUUUCAAGCACCUGUGCUUUAAUGAGAUAGAAAAGAAAUACUACCACAUGUGUGUAUCUUCUGAGGUAUCGUAUGAGCAAAACGCCGCAUUUGACAUUGGAACUGGUAGUUACGCUCUCUCCAAAGUGUCGUCUGUGUGUGAGAAUGACCCUAACGGUUACCAGGCGUGUGGGUUCAGCACCAAGGUGACUAAGAACUCUAGCUACCUGUGUGGAGGAUACUUCACUGUUUCUUCUAGUAGUAGUAGUAGUGGUGCUUCUUCUGUUCCUGGAGGGGGACGGUUUGUGGAUUGUGAGAAAACAGAAGAUGGUUUUUGUGAAAAAACUUCGGUCAGUCUUCCAAGUAACAACACGUGCAAUGACAGAUGUGAUGACCUGGCUAGAUGGUGUAUGGACGAAGGCAAGUGUAAUGGGUUUCAGUAUGGAAUCCAUACUUGCAGCGUCUUUAUUCCUAACACCUACAUUUGCACUGGCAGUGUCAGCUCCCAAUGCUCACAUAACGAUGACGAAAUAGGCUGUGAAGUAGACGACAACACACCGCACACCUGUGUACAAUACUACAUGAAACUGUAUUGGGGGGUUGAGAGACAGGUUCCUAUCUUCAACAACACCAGAUGUGGAGUAUUCGACUUCAGAUCACUCGACACUUACCCCUACUGUGAGGACUUUCUUGACCAGACCAAUUGUAGUGAUGUAACCAGAAUAGGAGGUCACUGUCGGAUCAACAACUACAGGUCGAGUGUCUCAAAGUUCGUGCUGUGUGAUAGCCCGCUGGUAGCUGAGAGGAGCCCUGUUAACCUCUGUGAUGAUAACCUGGAGAGUGAGUGUUCAUCUCCCUCCGGGUCAUGCACUGUUCACAAACACCGACUAUGUGAUGGGGUGGCGGACUGCAGUGAUAAAAGUGACGAGGAAAAUGAUUUCUGCAGUCGCACAACACAAAACGGCUUUAAAUGUUACCGGACCUUUAAUGCUGACGCCAACAUGGAAAUUCCCAUUUCCUGGAUAAUGGACCGCCAAUACGACUGUAUUGACGGUGAAGAUGAACAGGGGGACUUGUGGGACUUCUGUGGUAAAGACAAUACUGAAAGAGUUAAACCAGGAGACGGGAACUGUCAGGACGUGUUUCUAUGCCCUGGUGAUUUGGAGAGGCAGUACGUUGAGUUCCAUCUUCUGUGUGACGGUGUCAACUCGUGCGGACCUGAGUUUGAGAAUGAUGUGUGUACUGUUUCACGAGACUUUCCAAGUCUAGACACAGCAGCUGAAGCUGGAAACUGCUCCACUCGAGAUUUGUGCCAAUCUGUAGAAAUACUCGAAAAUGUUACCUGUCAUAUUCGGGAAUUUACAGGACCUUUGGGAGAUGUAUUUGGCGUGAGGAUGAGGCUCAAUGUCCCAACCAUAAAAGUGAACUGUAGCCUUCUGUAUGGUGAAUAUUAUGUGUUUUUAAGUUGCAUGGAUCUGUGUCUUGACUCUAGUUGUCCACUUGAAAACACUGACCCGCCACAUUAUGAUUCAUGCCCUGGACAAUAUCCUGACCGAGUUUACACUCUCGCAAACAAUUCGUUUCUCACUUUCGUUACCGGCAGUGAGGGUGAAUAUGAAAGUACAUACUUUCAGUGCGAGAAUAACAGAUGUGUCAGAUAUAGUCAGGUGUGUGACCUUAUUGACGAUUGUGGAGACAUGUCAGACGAGAGGUAUUGCACCAACCAUAUGGUUUGUGAAGACACCAUAAACAAAACAAACGUCAAACAGCAGUUGAUAUCUUACUCGCAGAAAUGUGAUGGUAGAUAUGAUUGUUUUGACCUGUCUGAUGAGUGUAAUGAGUCCUGUGAAAAGGAAAUCCUCGAUAACUGGGUUUUAAAGCUGAGUAGCUGGCUGUUAGGCCCCAUCUCAGCCAUUUUCAAUAUCAUCAUAGUGAUAAAGGUUGCAAUCUCGCUCAAAGAGAGUAGGUCAGGGAGUCAGCUAGUCACCAGGGUUCUUGUCUGUCUCAUAGGAUUCGGUGAUUUCCUUAUAGGUGUCUACCUGACAGCCCUGUCUGUAUUUGACAGUAUAGUCCAAGGCAAAGCAUACUGCAGGAAUCAAGCAGAGUGGCUGUCAGGCACAGCCUGCUCCAUUCUAGGGGUCCUCAGCACAACAGGCUCACAACUCUCCCUUUUCUCGAUGACUGUCUUGAGUGUCAUCAGAGUGUGGGGUAUUGUGGGGACCUCUUUAGCUCUGCCGACUCCGGUGGAUAAGAGGGCCGUGGUCAAAGCUAUUUCUAUCGCCAUCGUAAUGGUGGUUGCUUCACUAACAGUAGCAGUAACACCAUUGGUCUCGGCUCUUGAAGAUUAUUUCGUGCAAGGCAAGUUUUAUGAUUCAGGGUACAAAGUGUUCAUUGGGUUUCCCAACAAAGUGAAGCACAUCAGGGUUCUUCAAGAGUAUUUCAAGAAUGAAACCAUCUCUUCUUCUGCAACAUGGUCUGAGAUAGGCAACAAGGUAAACACAAUGUUCAGCCAAAAUCACGGAAGCUUGAGAAGUUACCCAGUUCACUUCUACGGUAAUGACGGUGUUUGCAUGUUCAAAUACUUUGUUAGAAGCGAUGAUCCGACGAGAAGCAGAGACUCUCCAGCUUCUGGAGAAGCUAUCAUCGACACUAAAGGAAACAGCAUAGUGUGGACCAUGUUGGGAGUGAAUCUGUUCUGCUUCGUGCUCAUUACUCUCUCCUAUUUCAUCAUCAACAUUAGAACCAGCCGGUCGUCUGAGAACUCCGGGCAAAAUAACAACCCUGAAGCUGUCCGUAAGAACCAGGCCAUGCAGAGGAGGAUCGCAGCAAUAAUUGCAACCGACUUCGUGUGUUGGGUGCCCUUUAUCAUUAUCAGUGCCCUUCACAACUGGAGACUUAUAGACGCCACAUUUUGGUAUGUAACCUUUGCCAUGAUAGUGUUGCCGCUAAACUCUGUGAUCAAUCCAUUAUUGUAUGACAACACUCUUAGAGAUUUUAUCAAUGGCGGUUUUCGGUUUGGAGCGACGACAAUCUCCAGAGGCACUGGUUAUUUCAGCAGGACUUCAGCCCAAACACAGCCCACCACUGUGGAGAUGGAUGUUAGAAAAGUGCAGUGCUCAAUUUACAGGAAUGGAGUCGCACUUUCUGAGGACAUUACCGAUAUGGAGACGGAUGCUUAGAUGGACUCCAUAGUGCCUAAUAAAACUGAAGAUACAAAACACUUGAACGAAGGAAAUAACAGUGAAGGCAGAAAUAAAAAAUGAAGUGAAGGACCGAAAACUGAAGUAGACAGUUUUUGCAAACAAAGAUUGAGGAUAAUUUAAAAAAGAGUGACUCAGAGUCAGUGACUGUUAUUGAAUUAUCUGAUUAAUAUCAACAAGUCCAUUUUAUUUAUUUGAUUGUUAUUGCUGAACAAAAAUGAAAACAACGAUUUUCGGAAAAACAAUGAAAAGUUAAAAAUAUUUGGUUUGUAUAAAAAGAUGUAAACAUAUGAAGCUAGAAUAAAACUUUAUCAUCAGAUAGUCAUAAGAUUACAUUAUUCUGAUAUCGUAUACUAUAACACUGUAAGUGUAAGUGGUAAUUAUUAAUUAAGUGGUAAUUAUUAUAAUGACUGUGUAAUUGUUAAUCUAUUAUAUCAGCAGUACAAUUUCUGUGUAUUUUUCACUGUUUAUAUCGAAUGCAAAUUCUAUUUAAUUUAUUAUUAUUUUAUAGCUAGGUUAUGGAUUAGUUUCAAGCUUUCAUUCCUUCGG